AUGUCGAAGAAACGGAUCGCCUACUACUAUGACGGCGAUGUGGGGAAUUACUACUACGGCCAAGGACACCCAAUGAAGCCCCAUCGCAUACGCAUGACCCACAAUCUACUGCUCAAUUAUGGUCUCUACAGGAAGAUGGAAGUAUAUCGUCCCGUGCCCGCGUCGUUCGAGGAGAUGACCAAGUACCAUUCGGACGACUACAUGCUCUUUCUCAAGAACAUCCGCCCCGAUAACAUGUCCGACAACAGCAAGCAGAUGUCUCGCUUCAACGUGGGCGAGGACUGUCCGGUGUUCGAUGGCGUCUACGAGUUUUGUCAAUUGAGUUGUGGCGGAUCACUUGCUGCGGCGUGUAAAUUGAACAAGAAUCACUCGGACAUCACGAUCAAUUGGAUGGGCGGUCUCCAUCAUGCCAAGAAAAGCGAGGCCAGCGGUUUCUGCUAUGCCAAUGAUAUAGUGCUCGGCAUACUCGAACUUCUCAAACAUCAUCAGCGCGUCCUCUACGUGGAUAUUGACAUACAUCACGGGGAUGGCGUCGAAGAAGCGUUCUACACGACGGAUCGUGUGAUGACAUGUUCCUUCCACAAAUAUGGCGAAUAUUUCCCGGGAACGGGCGAUAUCAAAGAUGUCGGCGCUGAGGGCGGACAGUACUAUUCGCUCAAUUUCCCAUUGAGGGAUGGCAUUGAUGAUGAUGCGUAUGAGAAAAUCUUCGUGCCAGUGAUGCAACGCGUGAUGGAUUCGUAUCGUCCAGGGGCUGUCGUUCUACAAUGUGGAGCCGAUUCGUUGACUGGCGAUCGUCUCGGAUGUUUCAAUUUGACACUGAGAGGCCAUGGGAAAUGUGUGGAAUUCCUGAAGACGUUCGGUGUACCGUUGAUGUUGCUUGGCGGCGGUGGAUACACCAUUCGCAAUGUUAGCAGAUGCUGGACAUACGAGACAUCGGUGGCCCUGGGAGCCGAGAUUUCGAACGAAUUGCCGUACAACGACUACUUUGAAUACUUUGGGCCCGACUUCAAACUACACAUCCAGCCGGGCAGCAUGACCAAUCAGAAUACGAGGGAAUAUCUCGAGAAGACGCAGAUACGCAUCUUUGAACAUCUACGCGAACUGCCCGCCGCCCCCAGUGUCCAGAUGCAACCCAUACGGGAUGAUGCGAUAUCGGGAAUGGAUGAUGGAUCAUUGCUAGAAGAUCAUACCGAUCCAGAUCAACGCCUACCCACCGCCAUCAAGGAUAAAAUGGUUGAACACGCGAGCGAAUUCUAUGAUGGCGGAAAUGAGGGUACACGAGAUAUCCAAUCACACAAAAGAACAGCUGAUGCCGGCGAGAAUGACGCCAAAAAGCCCAAGACGGAACCCGAGGCGAUGGAUCAAGCA